AUGGCGCGCGGGGAGAGAACGGGGACGAGCGCGAACGAUCGUCGGUCGACGCGCGCGGAAGAGAAUCACGCGCGAGCGGAGGUGAUCGUCGACGACGAUGGAAUCGUGCGAACACCGAGACCGCUGAGCGGGCGAGGUGGGCGGGUGGACGCGCGCGAGCGCGGACGACGGGCGUCGACCGCGUCGAGCGCGCCGGAGACGACGAUUGUGAGUGAGUGCGCGAGCGAGUGCGGUGGGGAGAGCGGUGUGGGACGGGUGGGUGAGGGUAGGCGCGCGGGCGACGGGCGGCGCGCGGGCGGAUUGAGAGAUGAAUCGGCGAAGACGCGAAGGGAGCACGCGUACGUCAGCGACACAGAUGCGCUCGAAACUGAGUGCGAGAACGCGAGAGAGAUUCAUGCAAAACGAGACGCGGCGUACGCAGCCAAGGUGAAGGAUGUUCGUGCGUCAAGAGCGCAGUUAUCGGAGUCAAGCGUGCAGACGUUGGAAACGCCACGGUUCGACGCGAGAUCGAUGACGACGACGACGAAGCGAGAGACGCGCGCAGUGCAGGCGGAUGAAUUGGUCGGAGAGAAAUGUGAUGGUAAUCUCGCAGAUGUGACGUCCGAGCGUUCGCUUCGCGUGCGUGUGGGAGUCGUUCGAACCAUCGAGGAUGCGCUUCGUGAACGUGAACGAUUAGAGUAUUGCUUGAAGUACAGAGGUUUGCGCCCUGCGAAAGACUCGAAUGAGCGAGAUUUGAUCGAGUUGAGUACGUUGAAAUGUACCGAGACUGCGGGCAUGAACGUGUCGUGCGUGAAGUGCAAUCCGAUGAGAGGGGAUUUAGUGUGCGUCGCGUACGGCGAUUUUAGUUUCGCCGGCGCGAAUUCGUGCGAUGUGAAGGAGAAGGGUGCGCUCGCAUUUUGGUCGCUUCGUUCGGAGGCUCCGAUUUACGUCGCGAAAUUUGCGAGCGGGGUUAUGUCCGUGGAUUGGUCGAGAGAAAGUCCAAGCUUACUCGCUGUUGGAUUCUAUGAUGGGGAAGUAAUCGUGUUGGACGUGGGACAAUUACGCCCUGACGAUUAUCGAGACGCCGCGACGUCCACGUCAUUCACCUCGACGUACCGCGGUCAAAUGAUGUCAAAUGAGCACCGCCACAACGAUCCAGUUUGGGCUGUUAAAUGGAUCGAAGUGCGAGACUCUGAUGAAUUCGAGUGUGACGAGAGUGAGAGCACGACGAGCGUGUUAAUGUCCGCCUCGACUGAUGGCAAAGUCCUUCGAUGGGAUUUGCAUAACGGUCUGCACGCAUCGGAAGCUCUCGCCGUGCGAUGGUCACCACCGGGCAACGAAAGCGGGUUAUCCAAGGACACAUCUGCGAUCGACGGUGUCGACGUCGCACGUCUCGCGGGAGUGACCUGCUUUGAUUUCGCCGCCGAUGCCAAGUAUUUCGUUGUCGGCACAGAGGAGGGGAAAGUCCACCAGUGCUCGCUGGACUUCUCAGACCAGUACGUGUCGUCGUACGCCUCGCACAUCGGACCGGUGUACGCGAUCAAGUACAAUCCGUAUCACGAACGAAUUUUCAUCACGUGUUCGGCCGACUGGACGCUCCGUGUGUUUAUGGACGACGCAGCGCAUCAAAACAAUGACUUCACUUUGAUCGACGAAUCGUCGUCCCGCCUCAAGCUAUCGAAUAUCAUCCAACCUCGAUUCGUGAUUGAAUACGGAGAGCAGCCAAUUAAUGCUGUCGCGUGGAGCCCGUGGUGCGCCACUGAGUUUGCGGCAGUUACGGAUGCCGGCACAAUUGAAAUUUGGGACUUGGCGUCCUCCACCGUCGUGCCAAAACACGAAGUCCGAAUCACGCCCGACCGCACGGCUGCGGUGAGCGUGACGUACGCCCACGAUGCACCGGUGAUGUACGUUGGCUGUGCCACGGGAUCUACUCGAGUCUUCCGAAUCAACUGGCGAGACCCAACGGAGGAAGUCGAAGCGCGAGAGAUCCAACGUGCGACGCUAGAGAACAUCAUGAACGAGAAAUCUCACAAACACUAA